GCAGAAUGUAUGGAGAUCAAAGACACGCAACUGUACUAAAAUCAGAACUGGAAGAAGACCUUUGGGACCCUCUGGCAGAAUCUCUGCGAAACUCCAGAUUUCGUCAUAGAGACGCUGAAGAAAACGACGUUUUCCCUAGAGAUGACUAUUACGUCAGCGAGGCAAGGUUCCUGAAAGAUGACAUUGCCAACGAUGAUGUCCUCAACACGAAGUUCGUCUACUCCGAAGAACCGAUCAUAUCCAUCAAGUUAGCAGGUUUGAAAACCGCUCCUCACUUCAGACCAACCACUCAAAAAACUGCAUCUCAAACCACAACCACCACAAAGAAGCCGGAAGAUAGUACUGUUGAAACCACCACAGCAACUGAAAGCACCUCCACCGAAGAAGAAGGCACUACCACUGACUCCACUACCGAGCAGUACACUAGCACAGCGGGUUCGACUGCUGAGACAGUGAUGGUUACUGAAGGCGUCACUACAACUGCUCCUGGGAGUGACAUGAACGUUGACAGGGUAGAUGAUGAGAAGACUGGUGAUAAAGUGGAGACGAUGUUAUUCCAGGAUGUUGAGCAGGAAGGGUUGAAGAAGAAGGUUCAAGUUGAUUACAACAUCAAGGGAUACAACGCAUGUCCGGUAAAGGAAGAAGUGGUAGCCCCCUUCUGGGCGAACAACACUCGUGGCGAAGUACUGGCCCUACUGAACAUGUACCCCUUCGAACAGUACGUACACUGGGAGAAAUGUGCUUUCGAGCAUCGUCAGAUGUAUUGCAAAGAUGGAUGUCGUUGUGAACAACAGUACAGGUUACACAGGUUGCUAGCGUAUGAUCCUAACAACGAAUGCAGAGGCAUUUUCUCAGACUGGUUCCGAUUUCCUUCUUGCUGCGUGUGCAAGUGCUACGAUAUGCCGGUGGAGUUUAGGGUAACAUCUAGGAGUCCAAGGUCCUCACAAACUCAUCCUUUGAAUGAUUAUGGCUGAUUUUGGGGCCACUGGUAAUACUAGGCUUGUUCUCAAGGUCGCUUAACCGACUAGCCGUUUUAAAAAUGGCGUAGAGCCGGU